AAUCACAAUGUUGAAAUUCACCUUCGCUGUUUUGGCUGCUGUCCUUCUGGUCGCCCCCACCAUGGGUGAGGUCUACAACCGUUGUUCACUGGCCCGGGAAAUGUACAAAUUGGGUGUACCCAAGAAUCAAUUGGCCCGCUGGACUUGCAUUGCUCAACACGAAUCGAGCUACAACACCAAGGCUGUUGGCAGCCUGAACCACAAUGGCUCCCGUGACUAUGGUAUCUUCCAAAUCAACAACUACUACUGGUGCUCCCCACCCUCCGGUGCCUUCUCCUACAACGAAUGCAAAAUCAAGUGUGAAGAUUUCUUGGUCGACAGCAUUGAACCCGCCGUCAAGUGCGCCCAAUUGGUAUUGAAACAACAAGGCUGGACUGCCUGGUCCACCUGGAAAUACUGUGAUGGUACAUUGCCCAGCAUUGAUGAUUGUUUCUAAACUGGGGAAAAGUGUUGAAAUCGGAUUUGAAUAAAAAUA